AUGGUCGACGCACCCUCGGAUCCGAAGGGAUACACUAUCGCAUCCUAUCCCUUCGACCUCGAUACGGCCGACAUAAUCCUUCGCACGUCAGACCAAGUUGACUUCCGCGUCCAUCGAGCGAUCCUCGCGAUUGUAUCCCCCGUUUUCGCCACCAUGUUCAGAUUGCCGCAGCCUAGCGUUUCGCAGGGCAACGAACCAGUACUUGGAGCGGACGGGUGGACUGCUUUGGAGGGUGUCUCCGCAGGAAACUACCAUCGACUCGAUGAAUUUCUUCGGGUGCAGGGCGAGGUCGAUGCCGAGUUCCUCUUGCUCUCCCCGACAUUCCGCGAACUCGCAGAAACGGAGACCUGUGCCGAGCGCCAAGAACCACAGACCCAUUUCAUCUCCAGCAUUCCGAACCCCGACGUUGUCUGUCGUUCCUCCGACGGCGUCGACUUCGAAGUACAUCGAGCCAUCCUAUCCCUACGUGCCAUCGACUUUGUCAAAACGCCCACUGUGCCUGAAGAUCCUCCCGAGCCAGAGGUUGUCCAUGAUGCCCCUCAACCGCUGGAUGCACAGGAGCGAGCUCGGGCCACAUCAGACACCGAGGCUUCUUCCUCUAGGCACCGAAUCAUCCACUUCGACGGAGAUGCUCAGACGCUGUCCAUCAUCCUGGCUAUCUGCUACGACAGCGUACCUUCGAACUUGAAUUCCUCCCAUCUCGCAAAGGUCAUCGCUACAUGUGAUCAGUAUGAGGCCGGCUUGAAGACCGUGCAUCGUACAGCACAGCGGUUGUGGGAUGAGCAGGCGCGCGCGCAACCCCUCCUCGCCUACUUCGCCGCAAUAUCCCACCGCCUAGUCCCUCAGGCUCGCGAUGCAGCAAAGCUCCUGACUUCGCAUAACGCUCUGGAGGGUCUCCGGAAGUACGCGUCAGUCAUGGAGGACGCCCCGGCUCACGUCUACCACAAGCUCGUCACAUACUGCUUGUCGUGUGAACACGUCAUAGAGCAGCAGCUGAAGAAGGCACGCGACGCGUGGAUUGGCUCUAGCGCAUAUGAUGGACACGAGUACCAUUACAAUCCGUCCAAGACAGGAGGAUCCUUCAAUCACAUAUCGCAGCAAAGGUGGCUAGUCGAAUACUUGGAGCGGGUGCAGGGUGACUGGGACCCCAAAGUCCAAGGAGUCGACUGGACGUCCGUGGUAGGGUCUUCCGCUUUAAUUGAGAAGGCCGCUGCACGGUGGGCACUCUGUAGAAGGUCUGGAGCCAUCGUUCAGUCGCUUCUCAACAUCGGCAGAACCUUACCGCAAAAGCUUUCCGAUGCCAUCAACGAGGGUGCUACGCAGUUUGAACCCUCACCAAAGUCCAGAGCGGUUGAGGAAGCGCAGCGGGUUACAGCCCAGUCCUCACACAAUAUGUCGCAAGGUACCGAUGCACCAUACCCAUUCAACCAACCUUCGGCGUAUAUCAUCUUACGCAGCAGCGAUGCCGUCGACUUCCGCGUCCACUCUCUCAUCCUCACUCAAGCAUCGCCAUUCUUCGCGGGCAUGUUCGAGCUCCCGCAACCACCGGACGACUCAAAUCCCUCGACGCUCUUGAGGCCUCCGAUUCGGGAAGCUACGGCGGCGCAGGACGCGUCUCCUCCGCAGGUGUUCCGCACGGACAUCCCCUUCACCGACAUUUCCUGCUACUCCUCCCAUCGAGAGUCCCCGGCCCAAGCACCAUUUCUUGCGCAUCAAAGCGUCCUCGCUCUCCACUCUCCGGUUCUGAGUGGGCGCAUCGCGUCUGCUCGAGCCUCGGUGCCCAGCGAUGGCCCCGGAUCCGGUCCUCUAAACCUCGAGUUCGAGGAGGAUGCGCAGACCGUGUCAAACAUCCUCGACGUAUGCUACCGUGCUGAAGCCGGCGUGCCCGUGGGCCUCUCUGCGCUGGUGCCGCUCAUACAGGCUGCCCGGAAGUACGAGAUGUCGCAGGUUUCGUACUGGGCUGAGGUCGCUUGGCCAGGGGCCGCCGCAUGUCAACCGGUGAAGGCGUACCUCCUCGCGGUCACCGGUGGACUCCCCGAGCUCGCCAAGGUCGCCGCAUUGAAUAUGCUGGAACGGCCUGCCGUAGAACUCGAAGUGUAUACUUCGGUCAUGGAGACGGUGCCCGCGUUGACCUAUCACCGCCUGCUGCUCUAUUACGACGCCUGUCGGCAGUCUUUGCACUGCAGCAUGGAGGGUAUCAACCGUGGUGUAGCCCAGCAGAUUCGCAAUGCUUUCCCUCAGCCUCCCCGCCGCAGCCCUGCGGGGUCCAGUGGCCUGUCGACCGUGGACAUCAUCACGGCUAGGUUGAGCAACAUGACUACAGUGGUCGUUCACCGCAGCCUUUCCCCUGGAGAGCACACUCGCGGCUUACUGCAGGGCCUGGAUCCGCCAAGAGACGAGAGAACUAUGGAUAUCAUGCAGAGCUGGGAUCUUGUGCGCGAGAUUCAGAGGAUGCGAAACUGUGUUCUAACGGAAGAGAUGCUUUCAUACGAUUCUCGCAUGAAUGGCAUUAUCGCUGGCCGGGGCCUUUGA